AUGAGCGACAAUCGAACGAAAUCGAAAACGAACAGUUAUAAAACGACAUCUCCGCUGGAAUUAUGUCACCAAUCAAACAAGAUGUCUAAGGACAAGAAUGACACACCCCAAAACUCGAGCUCGGGGGUUCCAUCAAUGGAACCUGACGGAACUAUCGAGAGUAAUUGGAAUGAAGUGGUCGAAAACUUCGAUCAAAUGAACUUACGUGAACCACUUCUACGUGGUAUUUAUGGCUAUGGUUUCGAACGACCUUCAGCUAUUCAACAACGUGCGAUCAAACCAUGUAUUUUGGGUCACGAUGUCAUUGCCCAAGCUCAAUCGGGUACAGGCAAAACAGCUACAUUUGCUAUUUCAAUCCUACAACAGCUUGAUAUGGAAUCGAAAGAUUGUCAAGCAUUAAUCUUAGCACCGACUCGGGAACUGGCCCAACAAAUCCAGAAGGUAGUAUUGGCACUUGGUGAUUACAUGGGCGUCACAUGUCAUGCUUGCAUUGGUGGUACCAAUGUACGUGAUGAUAUGAAACGACUCGAAGGUGGUGUUCAAAUCGUUGUCGGUACACCUGGUCGUGUCUAUGAUAUGCUUAAUCGAUCGGCUCUUCGCAGUAAAACUAUCAAAAUGUUCGUAUUAGACGAAGCCGACGAAAUGUUAUCUCGUGGUUUCAAAGAACAGAUCUACGAUGUGUUCACAACUAUGCCACAGAACAUACAGGUCAUUCUGCUCUCAGCUACCAUGCCAAGCGAUGUACUCGAAGUAACAACUAAAUUCAUGAACGAUCCGAUUAAAAUUCUCGUUAAAAAAGAAGAAUUAACACUUGAAGGUAUUCGACAAUUUUACGUUACCGUCGAGCGUGAGGAAUGGAAAUUGGACACGCUUUGUGAUUUAUACGAAACAUUAACAAUUACACAAGCUGUUAUUUUCUGCAAUACACGUCGAAAGGUCGACUGGUUAACAGAAAAAAUGCGUGGACGUGAUUUCACUGUCUCUGCUAUGCAUGGUGAUAUGGAUCAAAAAGAACGUGACGUCAUCAUGAAGGAGUUUCGUACCGGUUCUAGUCGAGUAUUGAUUACAACUGAUUUACUUGCGCGUGGUAUUGAUGUUCAACAAGUCAGUCUUGUUAUUAACUACGAUCUACCAAAUAAUCGAGAGAAUUACAUUCAUCGAAUUGGUCGUGGUGGUCGAUUUGGUCGUAAAGGUGUAGCCAUCAAUUUUGUUACCGAUGAUGAUCGACGAACAUUACGUGACAUUGAACAAUUUUACAACACUCAAGUUCAAGAAAUGCCAAUGAACGUUGCCGAUCUAAUUUAA